GGCGCGCGGUGGUGCUGCCCACGUGUCUCCCCCGACUUAAGUCCUGUCUUCCUCCCGCUCCUUACAUCCCCACGACCCCGGGCUCCCCCUCGGCUCCCUUGGUGUUCGCCCACCCCGGCCCACGUGAGUGGGACCCCACGCAGCUCCCCGCGCUCAGUGAGCCAACUUGGUUGAGCAACUUUGUCCCGGGAGCGGCGCUUGGACGAGAACCGGGCACUGCGCAUGCGGAGCUCCAAAUUCAAACAGCUGUUUCCAGAGGCUGGAGGGCGGGCGGACCCGGAGCCGCUGGGGUUAGGGGGGGCUUUCUCCAGGAGGCGGCCGCUCGGGAGCCAUGGUGGACCGGGGCCCUCUGCUCACCUCGGCCAUCAUCUUCUACCUGGCUAUCGGCGCUGCGAUCUUCGAAGUCCUAGAGGAGCCGCACUGGAAGGAGGCCAAGAAGAACUACUACACACAGAAGCUGCAUCUGCUCAAGGAGUUCCCGUGCCUGGGCCAGGAGGGCCUGGACAAGAUCUUGCAGGUAGUAUCUGAUGCUGCAGGACAGGGUGUGGCCAUCACAGGGAACCAGACCUUCAACAACUGGAACUGGCCCAAUGCAAUGAUUUUUGCAGCCACGGUCAUCACCACCAUUGGCUAUGGCAACGUGGCUCCCAAGACCCCUGCAGGCCGCCUCUUCUGCGUCUUCUAUGGUCUGUUUGGGGUGCCGCUCUGCCUGACGUGGAUCAGUGCCCUGGGCAAGUUCUUCGGGGGCCGUGCCAAGAGACUGGGCCAGUUCCUCACCAAGAGAGGCGUGAGCUUGCGGAAGGCUCAGAUCACAUGCACAGCCAUCUUCAUUGUGUGGGGCGUCCUGGUCCACCUGGUGAUCCCACCCUUCGUGUUCAUGGUGACCGAGGAGUGGGACUACAUCGAAGGCCUCUACUACUCUUUCAUCACCAUCUCCACCAUCGGCUUCGGUGACUUUGUGGCCGGUGUGAACCCCAGCGCCAACUACCAUGCCCUGUACCGCUACUUUGUGGAGCUCUGGAUCUACCUGGGACUGGCCUGGCUGUCCCUCUUUGUUAACUGGAAGGUGAGCAUGUUUGUGGAAGUCCACAAGGCCAUUAAGAAGCGGCGGAGGCGGCGGAAGGAGUCCUUCGAGAGCUCCCCGCACUCCAGGACGGCCCUGCAGAUGACAGGGAGUGCGGCCUCUAAGGAUGUCAACAUCUUCAGCUUUCUGUCCAAGAAGGAGGAGACCUACAAUGACCUCAUCAAGCAGAUUGGGAAGAAGGCCAUGAAGACGAGCGGGGGUGGGGAGAGGGGCCCAGGGCUAGGGCCUCAAGGUGGCGGACUGCCAGCUCUGCCCCCUUCCCUGGCACCCCUGGUGGUCUACUCCAAGAAUCGGGUGCCCAGCUUGGAAGAGGUGUCACAGACACUGAGGAGCAAAGGCCACGUGUCAAGGCCCCCUGGUGAGAAGGACAGAGCACAGGAGCCUGAGGUUGGCUCACCUGCCCCUGAAGUGUUCAUUAACCAGCUGGACCGCAUCAGCGAGGAGGGCGAGCCAUGGGAUUCCCAGGACUACCACCCGCUUAUCUUCCAGAACGCCAAUAUCACCUUCGUCAACGAGGAGGCCGGCCUCUCGGACGAGGAGACCUCCAAGUCCUCACUGGAGGACAACCUGGCUGGGGAAGAGAGCCCCCAGCAGGGGCCGGAAGCCGAGGCGCCUCUGAACAUGGGCGAGUUUCCCUCCUCGGAUGAGUCCACCUUCACCAGCACCGAGUCAGAGCUCUCAGUGCCUUACGAACAGCUGAUAAAUGAGUACAAUAAAGCCAACAGCCCCAAAGGCACGUGAGGCAGGCCGGCUCCCCACCCCACCAUUGAGGGCUUCUUCCCCCUCACCCUGGGACGUCCUGUGAUGGCUGGACUCCUAGCCCCUGGUGGGGGACAGCCCUGGAACUGGGGGUGGGGAGCCAGGGACUUUCCUUACCUUCCAUCCCCCCCAGCUAGAUGCAUGCCCGGGAUGGGGCCUCUGUUCUCCAGCUGAACGGUACCCUGGCUGUGGGG